AUGGAACGCCUGCUCCACGACGGGAUGAUGAUUUCCGAAACCUUUGCAGUGACCAAUGGACUAAAACAGGGCUGUGUCCUCGCGCCUACCCGCUUCAGUCUCAUGGUCUCUGCCACGCUGAUAGACGCCUACCGCGACGAGAGUCGCGGAAUCCCCAUAAACUACAGAACGGACGGACACAUUCUCAACAUCUUACGCAUGCAGGCCUCCACGCGCGUUUCCGCGACCACAGUUCAUUAUCUGUUGUCCGUGGACGACUGUGCUGUGAAUAACACAACCAAUACAGACAUGCAAAGGAGGAUGGACCCCUUCGCCCUAGGAUGCGCAAACUUCGGUCUCACCAUCAACACGGAGAAAGUGGUGGGCAUGCACCAAGUGCCGCCGAGUGCUGAUUACAAAGUUUCACGCAUCAACGUCAAAAGCGCCGAGCUCAAGAACGUGGACAACCUCGCCUAUCUCGGCAACACGCCAUCCUGCAACAUUCGAAUCGACGCGGGAUUGCUCGAUGGAUCUCAAAAGCCAGCCACGUUUUUGGCCAGCUUCAAGCCUCUGCAUGGGAUCGUAAAGGUCUCCAGCUAUCAACGAAACGGAAGAGGUACAAGGCUGUUGUGCUCACAACACUCUUGUACGAAGCGGAGACUUGAACCGUCUAAACCAACCAAGCGCAGAGGCUAA